AUGGGCGACUCGGGUUAUCGAGGCAUCUCCGCCUCUCACGCCGAUGCGCGCUUUGCAGGCAAGGAGCAAAAAGCCAUCUCUCUGCUUCAAUCGCAAGGCAAAUUUCCAGCUUCUUUUGCUCAAAAAGUGGAUCUGAGAAAGGUCAAUUUGGAAGUGAUCAGACCUUGGGUCGAGGAUAAGACGAAGGAGCUGUUGGGCUUCGAUGAUGAUGUCGUCGCGGAAUACGCCAUGGGGAUGCUGGAGAAUACAGAGGAAAAGGUGAGUAAAUGGAAGAUUCGGCUGCUCGUUCUGCGCGCAGAAAGCGCAUCUCCGUCGAUCCCUGUGGCAAGGCUUCAAGGUGGAAUACACAUGCUAAUCAGGCUCGCCAUCAUUCUCAAGCGCUUUCAGGAUUGGAUGGCAGCUGAUUCAUGACUUGUGCUCUCAUUCGUCUCCUCUGCGAUGGGACCUCCUGCAGAUUCCAGACCCGAAGAAGCUUCAGCUUUCAUUGACAGGCUUUCUCGAGUCCAAGACGCCCGACUUCAUGGCCUCUCUUUGGGACCUCCUGCUGGAUGCACAAGCUUCCAUCGGAGGUAUUCCGUCUGCUCUAGUACAGCAAAAAAAGGCGGAACUCGCUCAGGCGAGGGCUGCAGAUGCUCAAGCUCUAUCCAGAGCUGGAUUGACAGGUGCUGCAGGACGUGGCAGAGGUGGAGGCAGGGGUUCGGCCAGGGAUCAUGAUCGAAGAGUUGGUCCCGCCUCCUUCAAGGACAAGUCUGGAAACCUGACUGAGAAAGUGCAAGACAGCGGCUGGGUGAGUGGCUGGUUCAGCGUACCGCUUUGCUGGCAUACAUGUAUGCGCUUUGUGUGCUCACAUUUGAAGCUUCGACUCGACAAUGACUUCCUGCAGGGUGCACGAGCCCGAGGUAGUGUUGAGUCAGCCCGACAGGGACCGCCAGAAGCGAGUGCGAGCGAUCGAAGACCUCGUUCGAGGUGGGAGGGACUUGCGAGGGACGAAGGACGAUCUUGGCGUGAUGAGCCCAGAGGCUGGUCGGGCUACCAUGAUGACUCAUCAAGUGGCCGACCUUACGCGAGGGAAUACAGGUCUCGUGACAGGCCCGAAGGGUACGAGUCGAGAGGGAGAGAAAGAUCUUUCAGCCCACCGCGACACAGGGAUGGUCGCAGAUCGUACGAUCGACCGAAGUCCAGGUCUAGAUCCAUGUCCGUCACGCCUGAAUACGAUAGGCGAAGAUCGCACUCGGGCAGACACGACCGGUCAAGCAGACGACGAUCGAGGACGCGGUCAAGGUCUAGAUCGCCACGACGUGCGCCAAGGAAAGAUGACUCGGUCACUCCAAAAAGACGCCAGGCAGACUCGUCAGCCUCACCAAUCUACAGAAGGAGGAGAAGCCCGACAUAUAGCGCUUCUCCGCCGCGAAGGUUAUCGAGAAGGUCGGAGCGCGGCCCGGAAAGACGUAGAGAGACCAGCAGGAGCAUGAGCAGGAGUCCGGUGAGGGAGAGGAGUGGGGACCGUAGACACGGCAAUACGAGGCAGGAGAAAGAGGAGACCUUGUAUGCUGGAGCAAAAGGCAAGAAGAGCCGAUGGGACUGA